AUGGCAGCUUGUGUGUUCUUUCCUCAUUGCAGCCUGCGGACCGCAGCUUACCAAUUCCCCCACUGUGAUUGUUAUGGUGGGCCUUCCAGCGCGGGGGAAGACCUACAUCUCCAAGAAGCUGACUCGCUACCUCAACUGGAUUGGUGUCCCAACAAAAGUUUUCAAUGUGGGAGAGUAUCGCCGGGAGGCGGUGAAGCAUUACAGCUCCUAUGACUUCUUCCGCCCCGACAACGAGGAGGCCAUGAGAGUCCGGAAACAAUGUGCCUUAGCUGCCUUGAGAGACGUCAAAUUGUACCUGUCGGAGGAAGGUGGCCAGAUCGCAGUUUUUGAUGCUACCAAUACAACAAGGGAGAGAAGAGGAAUGAUCAUAAACUUUGCCAAAGAAAAUGGAUUCAAGGUGUUCUUCAUUGAAUCUGUUUGCAAUGACCCAUCCGUGGUUGCCACUAAUGUUAUGGAAGUUAAAUUGUCCAGCCCGGAUUAUAGAGACUGUAACUCAACUGAUGCCAUGGAAGACUUUAUGAAGAGAAUCAAUUGUUACCAGGCCAGUUACCAGCCGCUUGACCCAGAUAACUAUGACAAGGAUUUGUCUCUGAUCAAAGUGAUUGAUGUUGGCCGGAGGUUCCUGGUGAACAGGGUCCAGGAUCACAUCCAGAGCAGGAUUGUCUAUUACCUAAUGAACAUCCAUGUCCAGCCACGCACCAUUUAUCUGUGUCGGCACGGAGAGAGUGACUUCAACCUCAAAGGGAAGAUUGGAGGCGACUCGGGACUCUCGAACAGGGGCAAGAAGUUUGCCAACUCAUUGAACAAAUUUGUGGAGGAGCAGAACCUGAAGGACCUCAAAGUCUGGACCAGCCAACUCAAGAGAACAAUCCAAACAGCAGAAGCUCUCAAGCUGCCCUAUGAGCAGUGGAAAGCGCUCAACGAAAUUGAUGCAGGUGUAUGCGAGGAGAUGACUUACGAAGAGAUCAAGGAGCAGCAUCCAGAAGAAUUUGCUUUACGCGAUCAGGACAAGUACUAUUACCGCUACCCUUCUGGAGAGUCCUACCAAGAUCUGGUGCAGCGCCUGGAGCCAGUCAUCAUGGAGCUGGAGAGGCAGGAGAACGUCCUUGUGAUCUGUCACCAGGCUGUGAUGCGAUGCCUCCUGGCUUAUUUCCUAGACAAGAGCGCGGCUGAAAUGCCCUACCUGAAAUGCCCCCUGCAUACGGUGCUGAAGCUGACCCCUGUGGCCUAUGGCUGCCGAGUGGAAUCCAUCUGUCUGAACGUUGAGGCAGUGAACACCCACAGAGACCAGACAGAGGAAGCAAAGAAGGGACCUAACCCGCUCAUGAGACGUAAUAGCGUUACCCCUCUAGCAAGCCCAGAACCCACCAAAAAACCUCGCAUCAACAGCUUUGACGAGCAUGUGGCUUCUUCUGCUGCUGCCCUGCCAGUCUGUAUGCCCCAAGAGGUGCCCUCGCAGCUGCCUGGACAAGCACUGGAUGGCUUGAUACCGACACUGAAAAUGCCCCCUCCGAAGCAGAGACCCAAAACCUUUUGGGGACAACGUCUCCGUUUGCCUGGUCAAGCACUCCACCGAAUCAGUCCACGCCCCCAACCGGUGCUUUCUAGCAGACGAAUGCUUAGGGCAGACCAGACUCCAGGAUGGCCGGGAGCUGGACUGGCUGGUGGCACCUUCCUGCUUAGCUCGUUUAAGGCAGAGACGAGGAGCCUAAGGCACAAGGGCCAAAUUCAGAGGAGAACAUGAGCAGCUCCCAGAAGCAAUCCUGAUUUCUUCCGGGCCAUUGGUAGCCUGCAGGCAACGCCGACUCCAUCCCAUCAUCAUUUCUGAAGCUUGCUUGUAUCGUACUCCUCCAUUUGACUCGAGGUUGACCCUUGGCUGCUUCUACCCUAGCUGUUCAUCUGCAGGCUGGACUGUAUUGAGUCGGGGUGAGAGAGAGAGAAGAGUUCAUCGACCUGGACAAAGUGGAUUUAACAACAGAUCCUGCAGCCAUCUUGUUGUGUCCUCCUGGGUGUUCGAUAUUGCAUAGCAAGCUGUAAAGUGCUUCUAGCGCACGGAGUUUCCUGGACUUUUGUUUUUGUUUCAAAGUGACGUGACCUUGCAGGAAAUAGCUGGGACUUCCCCAUCUCCUCUGGUUUGUGUAUAUAUGUGGAGGAGGCAGGAUUAUCCGAGACAUACAAAGGGGAGGGGUGUUUUGGGUUUUUUUUCCAACUCCUCCGUGCAUCGGGCUGCUCUCCAUAUUGGUAUCAGUGUUGGUCUGAGACAUGCAGGCAUCCUGUCACCUAACCACGGAGGCAGUCAGGUGACCUACGGAAGCAGUCAGGUGACCUCCCUGGCUUUUCAGGCAGAACCCUGCUGCUGGUUUCAAUACGACGAUUCUAUUGCUCUGUAAAUAUCAAGGGAGCUGCAAUGUGUAUAAACUGCCUUUAGCCCAGACCUGAGAUGCAGCAGCUUUGGGGAUGGUGGGAGAUGGUUUGAGCCACUUGCUGACCUGACGUGGCAGCAGGCCUUGGACUGAAGGGAAACCCCAUGUUGUUUUGAGCGAGAUGGGGGGAAGGGAGGACCACAGGAAUCUGAGAUUCAAGAGAAACCUGCUGUCUUUGAUUACAAGGAAAUCUAGUCUCCUCACCCUCCAUUUUCCCCCCUGCGCAGGAUUUACUGUUCUGCAAUGGGUGGUUAGGCUAGGUGGGUUUGACUGACACAGCCUUCUUGGGAUGCAUCAAGGUCAGUCCAUGAAGAGCAAAUUUGUGUCAGCGAAAAUCCAUUAUCUGAGGCAUUUAAGCAAUCGUUUCUUCUUUAUAAAUCGCUUGUUUUUGCACUUUACUUGUGGCAAGGGUGUGACUCCCCUCCCACCUCGCUCCAAAAUCCUGCUGCUUCUAGAUGAAGCCUAGAUACCUGGAGGCUGAACUGCAUGACUGGAGAGAUUAAGGGUGCUGAGCAGUGGGUAGUUACAGUAUUAACAGUGGGGAGGGGAAAGGUGGGGAUGUGAGGUACUAAUUUAUGGACUAGCUGUAGGGACUGGCCAACUUCCAGUUCUGUGUGAGAAUCUCUUCUUGACUGUCUGUUCUGUGCUUGGGUUUAAACCCGAGACUAACCACUACUGUGUCAUGUGUGCAGAAGUCUGUGUGUAUGUAUGUGUGCACUUGUAUUAUCCUUGUACAGCAUUUCCUCCAGCCCAGCCUUGCUCUGGAAGUGGGGCAAGGCGGAGACAAAUAUUGAAGUAGCCUCUCGUUUUUCCUUGGCCUGCCAAGCGCUAGAUCUUGGCUAGUCCACAUUCGACCCCACCACACGCCCUCUCCGGUGCGCAAGCACGGAGCCAAAAAUCAGAGUGGAGCUCAAGCAAUACAUUAUCAUCUUAAGGGUUUAAAGUGCAACUGAGUCGUAUGCUGAAAGGAUGCACCGUACAGUCCACUAACAAAGCGGGCGGAGGCUCUGAGCUGUCAGCAUUGUGCUGGGGCUCCCUCUGCUCUUGUUCGUUUCAUUCGUUCUUGCUUCAGGGAACGGUUAGUAGGUGAGGUUCCUGCCGAUGGGAACAGAAAGGCUCUGGUGGAAUGUGGUUACUUUGCUCUGGGAAGGUGAACCGCAGUGCCUAGUGCUCUAGUCUUGCACAGUGUAAACGCUUUGUACAUUUGUAUGUUGUAGAGCAGCACCAGGGAGGGGGCCGGUAGCGGUGCACUCAGCCCGUAUCUGACCAUUGAAGAUAUUUUUAUUGGUGACCUGCCAAUGUGAGGUUUGUUUAUAGACAGCUAUUCUUGUACAGAAAUGGAAGAAAUUGUUUUUGAAUAGCUGUGAUAAAAGCAGAGUUGUGUUUUGCCUGUGUGUUUUUAUGUCUGCUGUUUAGAUUUAGGGAGACGAAUUUUUAGAGAGAGUGACAUAUCUUUCGAACUGCUUCCCGAGGAGUUUAACUUUCUCCCCCUGCUACGGAAAGAUAACACAGCAUAUGUAAACAUUAGGGCCCGUGAUCCAUUUGACACACACCUAAACUUCAAAACAAAUUUUAUCUUCUGUUCUGAAACUGGUGGAAUAUCACUUCAAGCCAGUCCCCAGGUACAAAGGGGUGGUGGCUUGGAGGAGGCAUGGAAAGGGGCUUCUUGGGAUUGGUUCUCUGUCAUCAUGUUCCCCUGGAGAGCUGACAUCAACCCUCCUGUGUCUGCAAACAGCAACUAUUGGGCAUGGGCUGUGCCAUUGUAAUGCAGCGUGGGUGGGCAAAAGGGGCAAACUGAACCACACCAAUGACUUUUCAUUUGGUUUUUUUUUGUGAUACUUGAAUUUAUUUUUUUAUAAUUUUGAUAGCAGAGUGCUGUUUAUUUAUUUAAUAUAUCCUGCCGAGCUUGGAGAGAAGGGUAGGGCUUUGGGGGUCUGUUUUGUUCUGACUUGUGAUAUGUUGCUUGUAUUCUGUAUAUAUGAGUCUGGAAUAAUUGCCUGAGAUGAAAGCUGUGCCAGCUUAAGAACAGGGUAUGCCUUUCAGAAAUUUGUAUAUUUUGCAGUUGCUGGACCAAUAAAAUACCUUGUUGAAAUAUA